GGGUCAAGCUGAUGUCGACUUUCCCUUGCGUUGGGGAGGAGGGCGGGAGCAUGCGCGAGAAGUGGGAGGUGGCUACAGCGCGUCACUGAAGCUCCUAUCUCUACCUUUGUCUCAGUCCAGCUUUCGAGCGCAACGGUGGCCAUCCCACAACUGCUCCUGGUGUCUGUUUCACACUGGCUGAGCGAGACACUUAGUGGGAAUGGUGAAUCUUCCCUGCCGCAUCAAGGAUCAUCAGCAGUUCUAGCACUUCCACCCACGCGCUGUCUUCUUCCUUGUAACAGCAGCAGGCGCUGCAGGCUGAUCCAAAGUACCCCUGGCUCUCCCAUCUCCUCGCUCCCGAAAAAUGGACUCCAAAAAACAGACCUCUCAAAAACAGUCUUCGGUGUCAAAAUUUUCAGUCACUUCUGAGAAUGAAUUAGAAACGCUGAAGCAGAAUGGAAAAUGGGCGUCCAUCAUCGCGCUGCUAACCUUCAUGUACGGCAACAUGACGGUGGCGCGGCAGCUGCCUCCUGAUCCUCGUCAGAAGUCCUGGCUUAUGAUGCAAUCGCCCUAUCCUAACCUGUUGGUCUCUCUACUGUACGUGUACGCUGUCACCGUCUGGGCCCCGCGUUACAUGAGCAAACGGAAGCCUGUGUCGGGACUAAGGCCCUACAUGAUGAUGUACAACGCAUUCCAGGUCGUCUUCUCAGCCUAUCUGUUUUUAGAGGGAGGGUUUGCCGGUUGGUUCACAGAAUAUAACUGGGUAUGUCAGAAGUGCGAUUUCUCCGACAACCCAAAUGCUAUCAGGAUGAUGAAUAUUGGCUACUGGUACCUCAUCUCUAAAUUCAUCGACUUCAUCGACACAGUGUUCUUCGUGCUGAACAAGAAGACAGAACACAUCUCCCUACUGCACGUAUCCCACCACGCCCUGAUGCCCGUUGGUCUAUGGUUCGGCGUCCACUUCCAGCCGGGCGGCCACAGCACUCUGAUGGGUCUCCUCAAUUCCUUCGUGCACACUGUCAUGUACCUGUACUACCUGCUGGCUGCCAUGGGGCCCCGCGUGCGGCCCUUCCUGUGGUGGAAGAAAUAUCUCACCACCCUCCAGAUGGCGCAGUUCACCAUCGUUUUCUUCCACGCCUUGUCGCUGGCGUUCGUGGAGUGUGACGUUCCCGUGGCGCCUGCUCUGGUGCGCUGGUUGUGUGGACAGGCGGUCAUCUUCUUCGUCCUCUUCGCAGAUUUCUACGCGAAGGCCUACCGCAGCAAGGAUAGGACCAAGGUCAAUGAAAAAUCUAAUGGGUUCGCUAAAGUGUCGCAAGGCAAUGGAUGUGAUGCUGGAGAGAAGGAAGAAGUUGCAGUAGCCAGUCAUAAAUCGCUUGCUGCUCCCUUCACCUGCGUGCCCUCAGGUUUUCAAGAUGUCAUUACGGAAAGGAAACAUGCUUACAAUUAGGACUUCUAUCCUGUCUCCUGCCCAGCAUCAAUCACGUCCCGGGAGAAACUUCACACUACCGGGCAGCCUCUGCCAUUCACCUAAGCAUGUUCUGGAUCAAGGGAACCAGUCCUUAGACGCAUAUACUCGCCAAUAGGGAUCAUCAAUGGGAAAUGAUUUGAGUAACUCAUUAUAACUCAAGCGACCGGAUCCUGGCAUCAGCCGCAUUAAUGCAUGGGAUACGCUGCUCUGGAAUGUCGACUUGUAAAUGUUCCUGCAGAUGUUUCGGAGAGGUAGUGUUAAGACCUUCAUAGUACAUAUUUAUAUGCCAAAUAUCCAUAAUAAAAAAUUUGUAUA